UCCGCCAGGUCCCGGAAGCGGCAAGGGGGGCGAUGGCGACGGAGGGGACUGCGGCGGCGGCAGAGUUGCAUCCGGAGGGGGAGUGCGGCAGCGAGCCGGAGGGCAGCUUCGGGCAGCUGCUGGAAGAGGAGGAGGAGGGCGAGGACGGCGGCUACGUGCUCUACAGGGACAGGAAGGAAUGGGCAGAUAUUGAACCUGUGCCUCAAAAUGAUGGGCCAAAUCCUGUUGUUCAGAUCAUCUACAGUGAAAAAUUUCGAGAUGUCUAUGAUUACUUCCGGGCUGUUCUGCAGCGGGAUGAGAGAAGCGAAAGAGCUUUUAAGCUGACAGCAGAUGCCAUUGAGUUAAAUGCUGCAAACUACACAGUAUGGCAUUUCCGGAGAGUCCUCCUGCAGUCUUUGGGAAAGGAUCUCCAUGAGGAACUUAGGUAUAUUACAGCUAUCAUUGAAGAUCAACCAAAGAACUACCAAGUCUGGCAUCACAGACGGGUGUUGGUGGAGUGGCUGCAGGAUCCAUCCCAAGAGCUGGAGUUCAUAGCUGACAUUCUUAACCAAGAUGCCAAAAAUUACCAUGCGUGGCAACAUAGACAAUGGGUUAUUCAGGAGUUCAAAUUAUGGGACAAUGAACUGGAAUACGUAGACCAGCUUUUGAGGGAAGAUGUGAGAAACAACUCUGUUUGGAACCAACGACACUUCGUAAUUUUCAACACCACUGGCUAUGAUGAUCCAGCAGUCCUAGACAGAGAAGUCCAAUACACUCUUAAGAUGAUCACAGCAGUGCCACAUAAUGAGAGUGCUUGGAACUAUUUAAAAGGGAUUCUACAGGAUCGUGGUCUUUCUAAGUAUCCAAAUCUGUUAGAGCAACUGUUGAAUUUGCAGCCCAGCCACAGUUCACCCUAUCUGAUUGCCUUUCUUGUGGACAUAUAUGAAGAUAUGCUUGAAAACCAGUGUGAUAACAAGGAGGAAACACUAAACAAGGCAUUGGAGUUGUGUGAAAUUCUGGCUAAAGAAAAAGACACCAUCCGAAAGGAAUACUGGAGAUAUAUUGGAAGGUCCCUUAAGAGCAAGCACAGCUCAGGCACUGAACAGAGCACUGUGACAGACAAGCAGCAGUAAGUGAACAUGGAAGAAAACAGUGUUAAGUUCUCAAGCUCUUCUAAAGCAGUAGUUAGUAGGGUCAUCAACUAGUUUAAAAUUCAGUGUAGUUAUUAUUCCCCUGGUGAAGAGAUACUGCAAUGAAAGAGGAGUGCGGAAUGCUGUAUAGUCUCGGGUCGCUGCUGCUACUGGUGAUAGUCUAGGUGCAGUCAAGAAAUGUAUUAAGACUUAAUUAUUGAAAUGUACCAAAUAAAGGGUUUAUUCCCUGUUAAUAAAUAGGUAAAGCUAUACCUACUAUUUAUAAAGCACUAAACAAAUUUCUCAUGCCCUGGUUUAUCCACUCACAGUUCCUAACACAGUCAGAUCAGAUGCUGCAGUAAUGACUGCAGGUAACUUAGUUGUAGUAGAUAUAAAGUAACCUAUGUCUGAUUAGUGCAAGCAGGCACUGCAGUUGUUGCCUCAUGUGGGAGCAAUUUGCCUCACUGACAGCACAUGCUAUUGUGUGCAGCUAAUACCAAGUGUCAUUUCGUACUAAAAACAGAUAACUUAAAGCAUUUGUCUGAAAUUUUUUUAGUGUGUUUUGUUUUGGACUGUACAUGUGCAUAGUCUGUUCUUCUCAGAUGCUAAUAGAGAUAAAAGUAAAAUAUCCCCUUUUAAGGGUAUUGGAUUCUAUUGCACUGAGGUGUCUUUUGCACUGGAGUAUUCUCAUCCCAUAAACCUUCAAGAUGCUCAAUGUAUUCAGUGGAGCCUUGAAUUCUUAUCUGCUCAGUCAGGAAAAACGUUUUGAGGACUCUAGAAGAUUUGCUUAGUUUUUUCUUGGAAUUCUGUUCAAACAGCUGAAAAUCUGUUGGUUUGGUUUUUUUCUUCAUUUGUAACCAGACCAAAUUGAAGUCAUAGGUCAGAAGAGAUUAUAACUAACUGGUUAUGUCAUGUAUCUUCACUGAAUUGGAAGGGAGGGAAUGGUUUUAUUUGGGACCUAUUUGCAUUAAAUGUCUUGACCUUGUUGCUUCUAUAGGCUUUUCAUAUCUUUUCCAUGCGUAUAUUAAUCCAAGAAGUAUUUUUUCCUCCCCUUUGUGAAGGAUAGAAAGCAUCUGCAGUACAGAACUGCAAAGGAUGUGAAUACCUUUACAAGAACACUGCUGCGUCUGCCCCGCUUUCAAUAAAUGGCUAUUGUAAACUGUGUUCUUAGCAUAGAGUGCUUGUCUGAUGUGAAAUAUUUUCUGGAGAUGAUCAUAAAGGGAUCAAAUAAAUACUAGUAUUUAUUCCAUAAUAGGAAUAGUCUUUCUGAUAUUAACCAUUAAAAGCUACUGCUGUAAUUUUAAACACUUGAAAUACAUUAAUUCAAUGCAUUCUUUAAAAUUAAAAAACAACUCACGGGGAGUUGAAUUAAUACAUGAAAGCCAUGUAAAUUUUUUUUAAUGUUUUUGCCACUUUCCCAGCAGUAGAGAAAACAUUUUUACAGUGACAUUUUACAGAACAUUUAAAAUGGACAUGAACUUCAAACUUUUGGAGACUUGUUACCUGCUUCUUUUUUUUUUCUGGUGCCUUUUUUGUGCUUUUUUUUUUUGGUGUUUUUUUACCACAGAAGUUCCAGCAUAGAACAAAAAGUCUAUGUUUCUACCCCCAUGAAUUGUUCCUAAGUGAAACUACGCUAAAUACAGAGUACUGAUCAGACAGGAUGUUCAGGGUUGUCAGGACAAAGUAAUAUAUUUGCCACCACCAGUUAAGAAAGCUCAGAGAGAUAACACAGACAAAUGCAAUCCUUAAAAUAAACAUCAUAAGUGAAGAGGGAACAGAAUUUUGCCUCUGUAUAUGGUGUUACUAUGUUCAGAUAUCUUUCAUAAACAGAAAUCAGAGGGCGCUUGAAAUAAGGCAGAGUAUUCUUCAUAGACGCUGGCAUGAAUUUCAGAGAAAAUAACUCGUCCCAAGGUAACAUGAUAAACAGUGUCCACUGGGACAAUGUGUUUUCACAUGUGACCUCUUAGUCACAGUCUGAGGAAAGAUCAUAGAUUCAGCCCUAUUCCAUGUCAAGAAUGGUAGGAUCUUCUGACAAGACUCUUAUUUUCUUAUGGUGUGGUCAGCCUAUGGCCUUCUCAUGCUUAAAAAUUAUGUCUAGAAGUAAUCAGUAGAGAGUCGUCUACGGACAGGGUUAAUCUGUUUUAUACUGGUUAUACAUGCAUAGUAAUACUUGCAAAGAUAAUGCCACUUCUGAGUUAAGUUUAACAGUGAAGGAAUAACCAGAUACAUACUGUGACAGAACAGUAUCUCUUCUCACAUAACACAAAUGUGUGACCAAAAAAUUGUACAAAUCUAAGAAGAAACCAUGCUGGAGACUGGAGUCCAGUUGAAAAAAGAGAUCAUUAUGUUUUAACAGAAAUGUUUGGUUUUUCUGUCAAAUGUUUAUGUUUACUGUUAUUUGGAUUGCAAGGAAACUCUAAAAUUCUCUUCAAAAGGCACCUCAGUUUUGUGGUAGUCAGCCGUACUCAGAAAUACUGAGCUGUCAGAGCUGCCCAGCCAGGUUUCAACUGGAACUACCCAGCCUUUAUUUUAAAAAUGAGUCUGAGACAGAAUCUUCCUCAUGGAAGUAGGAACUUGACAAAAUGUAUGAGCUGUAGAGAGAAGGAUCUUACAGUAGGAAGUGUUAGAUGACUUUAACAUGUAGGCAUUGGUACUGACUACCUGUGAUCAGGGUAAACACCAAACUGAUUUCUCCUAAGGGUUCAUCUGUACAAGAAAAUCUACUGUUGUUACUGAUUGUGUGUAGUGAUGUGACUCUUGUGUACAAUUUUAUUACUGAAGAGCUGUGUCUAAACGGAAAACUGUAUUGGUACAACUGUCCCUUGUAAAUCAUUGUAAUUGGAACAUUCAGUGGAGUACGGAGAAUUAUUAAAGCACGUGAAAUAA